AUGCCGAGAAACGAUCAGGUACUGCUACUGCGGGACAUACCAACGUCGGAUCGCUUCUUCUGGAAAGACACGCACGAAGAACAUGUGCAACUCUGGAACAAGGGAGCGAGUGAGCACAUUGUCGCUGACCGAACCGCGGACGGUACUCAGAACAUGUUCUUGGCCGCCAACGCCGUCACGAUCAUGGCUCUCAACGAAUUCGUGGUUCACCAGGCCAAUAGCAAAGCAACAGAGGAAGCGGAACGCCAUGGAGGAUACUUUGUCUUCUUUCCCAGUCAGGAUCAGCUUAAAAAGGUGGGCGGAAAGAACGAUGCACGGACGAUAGAGGCUGCAGGACACGAUUUCCCGGCCAUAAUGUUCAUGGAUUACAAUUGGUGCGCUGAAAGCUCAGCUAGCUUCCAGGGAAGCAGUCACCGAGUACGAUACCUUGCGUGCCAUGGCCUCUGUAACCCGCCGGCAUUGGACACGCCCGUCUACACAUUCCAGUACAGCAGCAAUGGUCAUCAGCGAAUCUUUCGUACCGAUUCCUUCAUCAUUCUCGAGACAUUGACAGCACAUUAUGUUCUCUUGGGCUCAGAGCUAUCGAAAAUCUUGGGAGAACCUGGAAAGGACGGCUGGUACAAAGGCCAGCGUGCGAUCUGGUCUUCUGCUACAACGGACAAGAAUGCACUCCUUCUACAAAAGCUAGACGAGUACAGGGUUGAGGGCAUCGAAGACCUAUACUAUAAGAUUCGCGAGCGCUGCCAAGAACCAGAGCCCGCGCCGCUCUCAUUUCGAGAAGUUUGGACAACAGUGCCCCGCCCUAGAAACCCCGAGCCAGGCUGUCCGCUGGGAUUGAUUCCCAACAUGGACGCCUCCAAAGCGGGGCCUACCUCCAGGCGUUUCCGCCCUCGCUUGGGGCAGGUCGAGAAGGACGCAGCUUGGACAGAUGAGGCAGGCGAAGGCGAAAGCAAUAACAGCGACUCAACAUUGGAGGAACAAUCCGCAUACACGUAG